CGUGUCAUUCGUUCGCCAUCAUGGAAAGCUGCAAUGGUACUUGGAAAUGCUACUACAAUUCAAAUUGAUAUUUCGUUUCGUACAGUCAAGCGGAUGGAGAUAAACGAUCUUGAGAUAAACGUUUUAAUGCCUCAAGACAGCAAGAACGGAGUAAUACUUGACAAAAUAACUUGAGUAGCACUGCUACCUAGCAUAAUGGUUUUCCUGCACAGGUGCAUCCUCAGUCGGUUGUUCCUAACAAAACCGCAGACAAGACUCUUGAGGCUGUGUGAAACCCGUGACUACUUGCACCGAGAUAUUGCUCCACCAAAACAUAAGGGAAGUACCAUGGCUAAAAGAAUGUACUCCGGUGCAGCCUUGUCAACUCAAGAUGGACUGAAGAGAGUUUCUAUUGAGGGAAAUAUUGCUGUUGGAAAGUCAACAUUUACAGGACUAUUGAGAGCAGCUUGUCCAGACUGGGAGGUGGUUUCAGAACCUGUCAGUCAAUGGCAGAACAUUGACAGCGGGUCCUCAAAGGAGAAAACUGUGAGUAACCUGCUGGAGAUGAUGUACCAGGAUCCUCAGCGCUGGUCCUACACCUUCCAGACAUACUCGUGCAUGAGCCGCUUCAAAACACAGCUCCAGCCCGCGCCUGCUCGCCAACUUCCCUCACAGGGAGCGCCCGUGCAGGUUUAUGAACGUUCCGUCUACAGUGACAGAUACAUUUUUGCCCUGAACAUGUAUGAGCUGGGCUGUAUCAACUCGACAGAGUGGGCCGUCUACCAGGACUGGCACUCGCUGCUUGUGAACCAGUUUGGACACCAGGUGGCACUAGAAGGCAUCAUCUAUCUCAAAGCACCACCUGAGAAAUGUAUGGAGCGCCUGCAUCGUCGAGGGAGGCAGGAGGAGAAGACCGUGCAGCUGGACUAUCUCCAGAAGUUACAUGAGCAGCAUGAGAGGUGGCUUGUGGAGAAAAAAACGGAGAUCCAUUUUGAGUGGUUGAAAAAGAUCCCCGUGCUGGAACUGGAUGCCAGUGUGGAGUUUCAGAAUGAUCCCAAAGCACAAGAGAACUUCAUCACACAGGUGAAGGAUUUCUUCAUUGCUUUAUGAGGACAGUGUCAUUGCACGUGUGAAUACAUCAGUCGAAAGGGGCAUGUGACGUGAAUCCUGACCUCCACACUCUGUCAUUAAAAAGUUGACUACAAUAAGGUAAUAUGCUAUUACUGUCGGAUCACAGCUUGAAGCACCAUUGUUUUUAUUUGAAUGUUCACUUGCAUUGCUUUGCUCUGUUCUGUUACAUGCUAAGUAAUGUGAUACAAUCCAAAGCUUUAUCAAAAUGUCUUUUGAAAGAUAGUGCUCACUUCUGAUUUAUGCUGUUAGGUGUUAAUUCCUCCUAGUUUUGCUAUUUUGCUCUCAGAAAUCUCUCUCUAUCUCAUACUGCAACUACAAAUGUAUCAUAGAUAACCACAAUGUGUUUCAAAUAAGACAAGACAAAACUGAGCAUUAUUUUGUAAAGGCAUAUUUUGACUUUUAUUAUUCAUCCAUCUGACAUCAUACACACACAUAGUGAUAAUCUUGACCAAUUGGUUGAACUUGUGACAUGAUUUGUGAUAAUUGUUACAUUACAUGUUUGUGUUUUUUUAAUACAGUACGCUCCUAGUUGUUUGUGUUAAUAAAGUUUUAUCUUUUUCA